GGAUGGGGCUGAGGGCCACGUGCCGAAGUGACAGACGGAGGUGGAGCGGGAAGCGGAGAACUGAGGAGCCUAUCUCUGGCAAGGACACUCUCGCCAUCUCCAGCCAUGCGUCUCUCUGCCUUGCUGGCCUUGGCAUCCAAGGUCACCCUGCCCCCACACUACCGCUAUGGGAUGAGCCGCCCAGGCUCCCUGGCAGACAAGAGGAAGAAUCCGCCAGGGACCAGGCGACGCCGAGUGGCUGUGGAGCCCAUCUCAGAUGAAGACUGGCAUCUUUUCUGUGGGGACACGGUGGAGAUCCUAGAAGGCAAGGAUGCUGGGAAGCAGGGCAAAGUGGUCCAAGUUAUCCGGCAGCGUAACUGGGUGGUCUUGGAGGGACUGAACACACACUACCGGUACAUUGGCAAGACCAAGGAUUUCCGGGGAACCAUGGUCCCCAGUGAAGCCCCCCUGCUGCACCGCCAGGUCAAACUUGUGGAUCCCGUGGACAGGAAACCUACCGAGAUCGAGUGGAGGUUUACUGAGGCAGGAGAGCGUGUCCGAGUCUCUACAAGAUCAGGGAGAAUUAUCCCCAAACCUGAAUUUCCCAGAGCCGAUGGCAUUGUCCCUGAAACGUGGAUCGAUGGUCCCAAGGACACAUCAGUGGAAGAUGCUCUAGAAAAAACCUAUGUGCCCCGUUUAAAGACACUGGAAGAGGAGGUGAUGGAGGCGAUGGGCAUCCAGGAGACCCGGAGAUACAAGAAAGUCUACUGGUAUUGAGCCUAAAGACGGCAGGUGCUCCUCAGGUGCCAAUAAAGAGUCACGAGUCCUCA